CCUUAACCCCAUCCCCAUCCCCUCCGUCACUCCGGGUAGUCCAUAUCCUCUUCCACCUUGCCCUCGCCCACCAAAUUCCAAUUCCUGCUCGCAUUUCAAUUCCGGUGCUGCCACUGUUCCCCAAUCAUGCGGGAGGCGGAGUAAUUUCAGGUCGGGCGAGUGAGUGAGCGAGUGAGUGAGCGGUGCUGGUGGUAGUUACUGUGGAGUGGAGUUGCCAUUGCCGAGAUGCAGUCCGGGUACGGCGGGGUGUCGGAGUUCCAGCAGUUCAUCAUGGACGGGGGCUUCGCCAUGGCGGCCGCGCCGCAGCAGCAGGCGCAGGCGGCGGCCGCGGCGGCGGCGGGGGGGCAGGAGCUGGGCGCGCCGUUCAGGUACCAGCCGCUGCACCACCACGCGAUGCAGCACCAUCACCAGCAGCAGCAGCAGCAGCACCCGCCGCAGAUGCCGCCCCACUUCGCGCACUUCGGCGUGGCGCCCGCGGCGGCGGCGGCGGCGGGCGGGAUUCCGUUCACGCAGCAGUUCCUCAACCACCAGGCGGCGGCCGCCGGGCACCACCACCAGCAGCAGCACCACCACCACCUCCAGCUCUUCCACCACGAGCAGCAGCAGCAGCACCACAAGCCGCAGCAGCCGCCGGCGAGGUGGACGCCGCAGCAGCAGCACCACCACCAGCACCCGCACCACCAGCAGCAGCAGCAGCAUCACCACCACCAGCUGGGGCUGGACGUGGAGGCGGCGGCGGUGCCGGAGAGCACCCGCGCCACGUCCGGCGGCGCCGCCCCACCCGGCGUGCCCCCGUUCCUCGCUGCCGCCAUGAACUUCAAGCUUGCCGUCGACCCCGGCGGCGGGAGCGGCGCCACGGACGACGCCCUGAACGACGGCGCAGGAGGCGGCGGCGGCGCGGGCAGCGGCAUGAUGCUCCACGGCGGGGGCGGGGGCGGGGGCGACGACGAGGCCGCCACGGAGAGCCGGCUCCGUCGGUGGACGGGCGAGGAGGAGACCUCCAUCAAGGAACCCACCUGGAGGCCGCUGGACAUCGACUACAUACACAGCACGAGCAGCAGCAGCAAGAGGAAGGAGAAGGUGGCCACGCCGGAGUCGCCGGCGCCGGUUGCUCCGGCGGCGAACUACUUCAAGAAGGCCGGUGGCGGGGACGACGACAAUGCGGGCGCUGCGGCGUCCGCGGGCGUCGGCGGCGGGAACUACAAGCUGUUCAGCGAGCUAGAGGCCAUCUACAAGCCGGGGAGCGGCGGCGGUGCGGGGCAGACGGGCUCCGGCUCUGGCCUCACGGGCGACGACAAUGCCAUCCUCCCGCCGCCGUCCAUGGCCGACCUCCCGGGCGGCGCGGCCGCCGCGGCCGUGGACGCGCCGCAGGCCAACACCUCGGAGACUUCCGCCGGGGAGGACGCGCCGGCGGUGCUGCAGCCGCAGCCGCCGCCUCCGCCGCAGCAGGCGUCGGUGGGGGAGGCGCGCCGGAAGCGGAAGCGCCGGCGGCAGGAGCAGCAGCAGCAGCUGACCGCGUCGGCGUCCUUCUUCGAGCAGCUGGUGCAGCGGCUCAUCGAGCACCAGGAGGGCCUGCACCGCCAGUUCCUGGACGCCAUGGAGCGGCGGGAGCGCGAGCGCGCGGCGCGCGACGAGGCGUGGCGCCGGCAGGAGGCCGACAAGUUCGCGCGCGAGGCGGCCGCGCGCGCGCAGGACCGCGCCAGCGCCGCCGCCCGGGAGACGGCCAUCAUCGCCUACCUCGAGAAGCUCUCCGGCGAGACCAUCACCCUCCCCCCGCCGGCGGCUGCCAACCACGCGCCCACGUCCGCCGACGACGCGACGAGCCACGACGCCGGCGGCGCGGGGCGGGAGCUGGUCCCCUACGAGUACGGCGGCGAGCUGUCGCUGCCGCUGAUGAGCUCGUCGUCCCGGUGGCCGAAGCAGGAGGUGGAGGCGCUGAUCCGGGUGCGGUCCGGGCUGGACAACCGGUUCCAGGAGCCCGGGCUGAAGGGCCCGCUGUGGGAGGAGGUGAGCGCGCGCAUGGCGGCGGCGGGGUACGGCGGCCGGAGCGCCAAGCGGUGCAAGGAGAAGUGGGAGAACAUCAACAAGUACUUCCGCAAGGCCAAGGAGAGCGGCAAGAAGCGCCCCGCCCACGCCAAGACCUGCCCCUACUUCGACGAGCUCGACCGCCUCUACUCCCGCUCCUCCGCCCACGCCUCCGGUGCCUCCUCCGCCGCCGGCAACAACACCAGCACCAAAGCCACCGCCAACGCCAUAACCAGCGCCGACGACGCGGCCAACAAGGCGAGCUCCGAGCUGCUCGACGCCGUGGUCAAGUACCCCGCCGACACCCACUACGGCCCGCCGCCGGGGUUCCCAAACGACGGCGGCAAUGCAGACACCAAGGACGACGGCGAGGGCGACGCCGACAUGGGCAGGGCGUCGGGGAGAGCGGGCGAGGAGCAUGACGACGAGGCUGGCCAGAGCCAUGGGCACGACGACGACGAUGAGGACGAUCAUUAGAGCUUGAUUAACUAGGACCGCCGCAUGCUUAGCUAGCUAGGACAUGAUCGACCGACCGACGGCGGAGAAAAUUUGCUUCUUUCUUCUUCUUUGCUGCUGCUGCUGCUUCUGCUUGUUGUUAAUUAGCUACUAAGAUGAAUCAUUACUUACUUGUUAGUACUACUACUGCUUAUAUAUCUACAAGAAGAUCAGCUUAAUUAAUCACUU